CUGCAAUCGAAUCCCACAUGAAGUUCCCCCCCUUCCUUUCUAAAUUUAAAUAGUAGUACUUUCGUUAGCAGUUCAUCACUCGACAAAAUCAACUUCUUGUGAUUACAGUUCGGCAUAUGCCUCUUUUGGACUGAUGACACUCUUUUGAAAACCAAAUUUGUUGACUACUUGAUCCGGAGCACUAUAACAGUAGCUAGUUGGAGCUCUGUGGCUUGUUUAAGUUUCUAGUACUUUACUGAGAGUGGAGAAACUGAGUACGUAGAUCUUUGGGGGACAGCAAUGGGGAAACUCAGUUUUGGGAAGAUGUUGGAUUGCCUUUAUCUUUCUCCUCUUGGAGGAAACUCAUGCUCUUGUCUCUGUAUCAACACCUUGGAAAAUGAAGAUGAGUUUGAGGAAAAGUCAUUGGUGGAAAGUGACAAAACCCAGCAACUGAGACUGAAGGAUAUUGUUGCUGGUAAACAGACCUUAGCCUUUCAAUUGAAGCCAAAGGUGGUGGUGUUGAGGGUGUCUAUGCACUGUAGUGGCUGUGCAAGAAAGGUUGAGAAACACAUUUCAAAGAUUGAAGGAGUUACUUCAUACAAGGUAGACUUGGAAAGCAAAAGGGUGGUUGUAACUGGAGAUAUACUCCCUUUUGAAGUACUAGAAAGUGUCUCUAGGGUUAAAAAAGCAGAGCUUUGGAGUUCUCCUUGCUGAUGCAUGAUAGAUAUAUAUCCUUUUGCUUCUCCCAUGCUACAAUGAACAUCAAGAAAAAGGAGAAAUUAACCAAGUUCUCUGUAUCUAUUGGGGGAAAAAGGUCUAUUUUGAGUAUCACAAGUAUAUUAGAUCGGCUGUAAUAUCCUAUAUGGGAUGUUUCGAUUAAUUGUUUAUA